GCGGGCUGUGACUGCCACAAACGGGGCAACAUAAGACUCAGAAAUGUCCAACAAAGAGAAGCUACAGUGUCUGAAAGAUUUUCACAAGGACAUUUUGAAACCUUCCCCAGGAAAGAGCCCUGGAACUCGACCAGAGGACGAAGCUGAUGGUAAACCCCCUCAACGGGAAAAAUGGGCUAGUAAGAUUGACUUUUUGCUGUCCGUGGCCGGAGGCUUCAUUGGUCUUGGGAAUGUUUGGAGAUUUCCGUAUCUCUGCUACAAGAACGGUGGAGGUGCGUUCCUUAUCCCAUACUUUAUCUUUCUGUUCGGGGGUGGCUUGCCUGUGUUCUUCCUGGAGGUUGCUUUAGGUCAGUUCACAUCUGAAGGAGGAAUCACUUGUUGGGAAAAGAUCUGCCCCAUCUUUACAGGAAUCGGCUAUGCUUCCAUCGUUAUUGUGUCUCUCCUGAACGUGUACUAUAUCGUGAUCCUGGCAUGGGGAGUCUAUUACUUGUUUCAGUCAUUCCAAAGUCAACUGCCGUGGGCUCUCUGCCACCAGUUGUGGAACACCGAGACCUGCGUGGAGGACACUUACAGGAAGAACAAAACCAUGUGGAUGGCGCUGAACUCCACAAACUUCACCUCUCCCGUGACAGAAUUCUGGGAGCACAAAGUUCUUAGCUUAUCAAAGGGAAUUGAUGAUGUUGGUAUAGUGAAAUGGGAUCUGGCUCUGUGUCUGCUUCUCACCUGGGUUAUCUGCUUCUUCUGUAUCUGGAAAGGCGUUCGAUCCACAGGGAAGGUGGUAUAUUUUACUGCCACGUUUCCGUUCAUCAUGCUGAUUGUCCUCCUGAUUCGGGGGGUCACCUUGCCCGGAGCCGCAGAGGGAAUCAAAUUCUACUUGUACCCAAACAUUACUCGUCUGGGGGACCCUCAGGUAUGGAUUGACGCCGGCACUCAAAUUUUCUUCUCCUAUGCCAUCUGUCUUGGGGCCAUGACAUCCUUGGGCAGCUACAACAAGUUUAAAUACAACUGUUAUAGGGACUGUUUGCUGCUGGGAUGCCUCAACAGUGGUACCAGUUUUGUGUCUGGCUUCGCAAUUUUUUCCAUCCUGGGCUUCAUGGCACAAGAGCAAGGGGUGGACAUUGCAGAUGUGGCUGAGUCAGGUCCCGGCCUGGCUUUCAUUGCCUACCCAAAAGCCGUGUCGAUGAUGCCUCUCCCCACCUUCUGGGCCAUCCUGUUCUUUAUUAUGCUUCUGCUGCUUGGACUAGAUAGCCAGUUUGUUGAAGUUGAAGGACAGAUCACAUCUUUAGUUGAUCUGUACCCAUCCUUCCUACGGAAGGGUUAUCGACGAGAGGUCUUCAUCGCUAUAGUGUGCUUCCUCAGCUAUCUUCUGGGGCUAACCAUGGUCACUGAAGGUGGCAUGUACGUGUUUCAACUCUUUGACUACUAUGCAGCUAGCGGAGUUUGCCUCCUUUGGGUUGCAUUCUUUGAAUGUAUUGCCGUAGCCUGGGUUUAUGGCGCUGAUAAAUUUUAUGACAACAUUGAGGACAUGAUCGGGUACAGACCAGGUCCAUGGAUGAAAUGGAGCUGGUGUGUGGUCACCCCACUGCUCUGCGUGGGCUGCUUUAUAUUUUCUUUAGCCAAAUAUACCCCUCUCACCUACAACAAGUACUACACGUACCCUGACUGGGCCAUUGGGCUGGGGUGGGUUCUGGCCCUGUCAUCCAUGGUCUGCAUACCAUUGGUUGUUGUCUUACGGAUUGUGCAAUCAGAGGGCUCCUUGAUCGAGAGAAUCAAGUCAGUCACAGCUCCGAAAGAUAUAAAUCGCUGGGCCACAGACGCAGAAGGAUCCACACCUUUCUGUGCGAAUGGAGGCCACCUGAAGCCAACCCAUGUUAUUGUAGAGACCAUGAUGUGACCAUACGCUCGGUCUCCUUGCUUUCAAGGAAGGAAGGAGACCCGUAAAACACACUGUUUACUAACACCAUCCUUAGAUCCAGGUUAAUGGAGAUCUCUAUUUGCACUAGAAUUCAACUGUUCAGCUCUUGUAGAGAAAUCUGUAUAAUAAUUGUGUACGCGAGUGCGUAUUUUGUAAUAUUUUGUAACAAUUCCUAAUGUCUUUGCACAGAUUCUCAUAUCUUGACAUUUUAACCGUUGGAUUUAUAAAUAUAUAUAUAUCACUAUAUAUAUUAAUCUUCUGUACCUCUUGGAUCCAGGUGCUGUCAGGCCCCAGUUUAUAGGCUUUUCUCUAAAUAAUAACUUUGUAGUUGGCAUAAAGCCUUGUGUUUUGGAGAACUUUGCAACAUUGUGACAGUUUUGGUCAAUUUUUAAUUGAAAAGAAAAAGAA